GCUGAGUGCUCCCCUCAUAGCGCGGCGCGCACAGACCUGGGGGUCUAGAGUGAUGAACAAAUUGAGCGCAUCAAACAAGCUUCACGUCUGCUCAGCGCGAGCGCCUAGCCUAAAGCGGGAAUUUAUUUUCCACUAAUGUAAUUUUUUUUUGUUUCGCGCAUAUUUCUGGAUUACAAUUUUUAUUGUUCUUGCAUUUGAAGAAAAUUACAAAUCUUUAUUUUCUGAAAAAAAAAAUCUUUGUUGGAUGAAAUUUUUCUAGAGAGUUCUUGGAAAAUUUUACGUUUCAGUUUGUGAAAAUAUUUUGAUUCGGUAAAAGAAGUUUGGAUUUUUACAAUGUUUGAUUUAUGGAUGUUAUGACGUAAGGAGAGGUAAAGGAAACAGACAAAUUAGUCGACUGAAUUCUCUAGCAGAAGUGGGCUAUUAUACUUUGGAGUUGUGUGCCCCUGACUAACUUCUCGACUCGUCCACGCAUUUUCCCGGAUACUAAUAGUGACCAUUUUUAACUGUUUUUUUUUUUUUUUUUUUGGUUUUGUUUUUCAAACAUUCAGACGAGAUCUCAAACCAUGGAUUUGUGACUGUAAAUAUGUAGUGGAUUUUAAAAUGGCGCUGAUUUUAACUGCCUCCCUGAGGAUUCCAAGGGACGUAACAUUCUGUGGAUUAACGUGAUUGCUUGGUUAAUGCAAGCAGACGAGAGCGAUGGAUUCCAAGAUUAUUGGAUUUUAUCUUUUAGUGUAACAAGAAGCUGUGUUUUUUAAGUGCAACAAAGUUGUGUGUGUUUUUUUUUCUCCACUUCUCUCUUUCCCUGCUGUUUUUUUUUUCUUUGUUGUUAAUUGGUUGUGUAAUUCCGUGUCAGCAUGACCGCUUCCAAGUCGGAGAUGAGCACCCUAACAAGCGCCACCUUGGUGCUCUUAGGAUUAUGUUACGCCUGGAGAACAGAGGGCGCAGCUGUUUUUCAUGAGGAGCCAUACAUUACUCUGGCCCGAUGUCGGAUCCAAUGCAUACUCAAGUUUCUACCAGAUCCAGUUCACCAUGCAGACGACAAUCAUUGCAGAGAUACCAACAAUUACCGCACCACCUACAACCGAAAUUGUAGUCAGUGCUGGCGAAUGUGUUUGAGUCUACCCACUGGUCAUCAGAAUGGCUGCGGAGCUACUUCAUCUAGCGGAGAGAAAACAGCCUGCGACUUUGUCUUUAGUCAUCGCAAAGCCCCAAGCAGAACACUUCAAGGCGAGUGGAUGUUCCCAAAGGAAGUGGAGUACACGGUGGAAAACUUGGAGAUGAAGCUGUCCUGGCAACCGCCCACGUCCAUCUCGCCCGGCAGUGGGGAGGUCGUGGCUUACCCUGGACCCUUGGUCUACGUUCUCCUGAGCCGACCUUCGGAGGAGCACGUCGAAGAGUGGACACUAAUUGACCAGGUUGUGUCCACCAAGGUCCGUGUCGAUGUGAACAGUGUACCUAUUCUGCCAGAGAUCUGGCUGAAGGCUGUGUCUGAACACGGGCUGAUAGCGGAGACCAAAUUCAAGCCAACAUCCUCUGAAAAACAAGAAGUUAUCCACGAUCCUUCGGACCAAACGCUAGAGAAACUCCACAAAAGUUCCUUCCCAUCUUGGUUCCUGGAGAAUCUCAAGGACAUGACCGCGGACAUCACUUUUGAUCGGAAAAAGGUCAAGGGAGCUGAAGGGUCUCACUACAUCCAGGAGGCGCACGUCACUUUCCGAGGUCCUGGAGGCUUGGACCCGCAGAGGAUACAAGUGUACACUGUCGUCUGGGUCUUCAUUGAGUGCGACACAGACCACGAUCUCCUCCCGUGUCGUGGAAUACGAGAUUCUUUUAGUGCCACUGCUGAGGCCAGAGGUGGGCAACAGGGGAACUACACGAUCAGGGACCUGUACUUCAACAGCAUCUACAAACUGUCCAUCAGCUUACAUUACGGUUUAUCAAACGCCAAAGUCGAGAUCGCCUUCAAGACGGAAAGGUGCUACCACCUGGACAAUCUGGUGCCCUAUCACUGCCUGGACGACAUUGAGGAGGACCAGCUUCCGGUGGUACCUGUCCUUGGACUUCCACAGUUAGAAGAGGAGAAGCCUCGGCUUUUUGUCAACAUAUCCUCAAUGGUCACGGAGAUCGACUCCGAUUUGGUACUAGUCAACGUCACGUGGCAGCCCGUCGCCAAUCAGACGGAGCUGUCCUACAACAUCACGACCUUCGUGGAGAACCGCAACGGCAUGGCGGUGGACAUGUUUGUGACGUCACAUCCGUUCGUGGUGCUGAGACUGCAGCAGGAUACUCAGUAUGUAGUCAAGGUGGAAACGAAGCUCGUGUCUGGGGAUGAAGACCACAAUAUCAUCACCGAGAUGCUGCAGUUCAACACUUCAGAACUGCCCAGUUACCAGGAACCAGUAGCCUACAGGCUUUUGAAUGAUGAUGACAUCACCCAGAUGAACGGCAUCAUCAUUGGCGUCACCUGUUUCGUCAUCAUUCUGGUCCUGUCCAGCCUGGCCGCCGUCUUGUACAAGAAGCGCAAAAGCUUUAAGGACAUCAUCGUUACUAAGGCGACCGUUGCCAAGAGCAACAGCUACAAGUCCAACGUAGGAGGAAAGUCGGACUACUCCAACCAGCUGAUAGUCUUCUCGGACGAGUGGGAGCUGAGCCCCCAGAAGCUUAAGUUCAGCACUCUGCUGGGACAAGGAGCUUUUGGCAAGGUGGUCACUGGCUACUACGAUGACCAGAAGGUGGCCAUCAAACUAGUUAGAGAGGGCGCUCCUAUAUCCUACAAGGAGGACCUCGUGGCUGAGAUCCAUCUCAUGAAGCGGAUAGGCAACCACCCGAAUAUUGUCUGCUUGAUUGGCGCAUGCACCUUGACCGAGCCCAUCGCCCUGGUCAUGGAGUAUGUGCCUUACGGAAAUUUGCAAAAUUUUUUGAAAAAAUGUCGCUUGGAGGGAGAUCUGCGUAAGAGAUCAGAUGGUACAAGUGAAAUUACAUACGCCAUGGUCCAGGAUUGUGGUGAGAUAGAAAAUGGGGUGGUCACUCCUGCAGACAUGUUGUCUUUUGCCCGCCAGGUCUCCAUGGCAAUGGAGUAUUUGAGUGAAAAGAAAUAUGUUCAUCGUGAUCUUGCGGCCAGAAACGUCUUGAUUCACUACAAUAAGGUGGUCAAAGUGUGUGACUUUGGACUGUCACGUGACAUCUUCAACGACAAUCAUUACAAAAAACUGACCAAUGGCAAGCUUCCGCUCAAGUGGAUGGCCAUCGAGUCACUGAGAGACCGGAUAUUCACGACGCAGUCCGACGUCUGGUCGUUCGGUAUCCUCCUGUGGGAGAUAGUCACAAUGGGUGCAUCACCAUAUCCUAAUGUGGCUCUGGCUGAUCUUUACUUUGUCUUGUCUACUGGGUACAGAAUGGACAAGCCUUCCAACUGUUCUGAUGAGCUGUACGCCAUCAUGAGGUCGUGCUGGGAAGAUGAGCCCACGGACAGACCGACUUUCACGCAGCUCCGCUUCAUGCUUGAGGAGCUCCUGACGGAGGACAGAGACUACCUAGUCCUAGAGGACAUCGAUGUCCCUAUCUCCAACAGCGACAACAGCAGCAACCCAAGCCCACUGUCAGCCUCUGCGGAGCGAGCAGCGAUGUGUUCUCUGGAACUGGAAGGCGGUGCCAUGUCAAUGCCUUACCCCAUCAUGCCUGUCAGCCCGGUGGCACCUUCCUCGCCCACAGCGUCCCAUCCUGUCAAAAUCCCGAAAAAGGCUACGCCCAGGAGGGACCACAUGAGAAUCAACGUUUGCGUGCACCAGAAGUCCACGGACAGGCUAAUCAGACCGAGUGAGAGCGACUCCAGUCCGUCCUCUUGUUAAAUCUUAGGGAACUGCACGUUACAUACAUGAACGCUUUCAUCAGAACUGUCACUGACUCUUGGAUGAAGCCUUUUCAGUCAAAGUCCCAAAGGCUCCUUUCACUAACACUUCCCUACGGAAUCGCUUACCCAAACUGGUCCCUCUUAGUGGACUCUUACCAAUCAUUACCGUUGCUAUAGACAACCGAAAGAAUGAACAUUAAAACGUGGGCAUUGAACGAAACAAAUAAACAAGGCAAAGCUUCAAUGUUGUUGUUUUUUAAUCGCUGCUGGAACAUUGGAAACGAAAAGUUUGAGAGCCCCAUGCACUAUGUCUCCUUACAUUGGGGGAAUGUAGGGCAGACAUGUAGGGGUAGUGUGUGCAGAUUUACAGAGUUUCUAAUGCCUGGAAGUGGAGAAACUUCCAGUUCAGUGCAAUAUUUGUGUCCAGUUCCGUUGUAUAUAAUUUGAAUGCAAACACAUCCAACUUCUAUGUCAUUAGAACAUUUUGGUCUAAAACUAUGUGAGAUUGGGGAAUACUGCAUAGUUGUGCAUCAAUAUGCCCUGAGUCAUAUUCGAUUAUCGUUUUGAAGUCUUUUCGUGCCAGUGUUAUAAAAAAAAAAAAUGUAUCCUAACCAAGAUACUAAGCUACUGAGUAACAUUUAUUUGAAGCUGUAUUUUAUUUUUCACGACUUUUCGAAUUGAUCAAAACACGAACGCUUACUCCCUUUUAGACUGUACAUUUACAUUGUUAUGUCCCUUGUCUCGAAAGCACUGAAACAAUCUCCCUUCGCUGCUUAUGCCUUGUCAGUAAAGCAAACUAUUGUAUGAAUAACUCUAUGACGGGUAGAAAUCAAUUAUUUAAUUCGCUCCCUUUGAGUCAUUGAUUUUUAUUUUUGGUUUUGUUGUUUUGUUAUUUUUGUAAACAUGUUAACUUUUAAAUAUGACUUUUAUCUGUUUUAAUCAACUAUCACCAAGGCAACCUUUUGUUUUGGGUACUAAUAAGAGAUAUCUGUACUAUUAUAUUCAAUCGAUCAGCCAACUUGUAAUCAUCAUUGUCACAUUUUCCUAUUGCCCCUUGGUCAUCCACUGACCAGGUGGCCUGUAGACCUCGGUUUAAGAAACUAAAACAUCUUAAUGGUUUGAUUAUUUUAUUCUUUGUCUAUUGACCUCAUUGAUAAAAAUAUUUUUUUUAUUAUUUGAUUACUCUUUCUAUUUAUAGUAUCAAUCCAUCGGUUGUGAGCUUCUGUGCUAUUAUAGAGAUAUGUAUUAUGUAUAUGAUACCAGAUGUUCUAAAUAUAAACUAUUCUACGCUACUCUACGUGAUGGAAGCAACAGCUACCACUUGAAAUAAAAAACAUUGUUCUAAUUGGCCUACUGUAAACAUGCUGUUUGUUUAUUAGGUGCUACAACAUACAUGAUAUUGUUGUUUUCUUUUUAAAUAUAUAUUUCUUUUUGAAAUGCGAUUUCGUUAUUCUAAGGGCAGUAAUAAAUGUUGUAAUGUAAGAUGAAAAAAAAAACAAGAGUUACACAACUUGACUCUCUUCUGUAAGGGUUGUAUAGUUUUUAAUUUUUUAAUUUAAACUUGCGGAUGUGGGCUACUUUAAUUAAUCAGUACGCUUGUACGAAAUGUAAGUCCAUGUUAAUAUAUAAAUAUAUAUAAACUAAUAAACAGUUUUAUACAAAGUGUCUUUCUAAAUUGUUGCUAGCUAUCAUCCUUCUUGGAACGGCCAUUGUGUAAUUUAAAUUGUGAGGCAAUGGAAAAAAAAAAUACAUUCUGCUUGUGAUUUGGAAAAGUGUUACUAGAGCAAAGGAUAUAGAUCAAAAAGUGUUUCACCUUCAGUCAACAAGCUUAGAAUGGUAGGACUAUAAAUAGUUGUGUCAACGACUACAAAUGGCAGAACAUUACACUAUCACGUGAUGUAGCGAUUGUCUUCCUGGCGGUUAAAAGAGUUCCACUCUCCGACUGACCUAGAAACCCGUGUGAUUCUUCAACUACUUCAUUUGUACAGACGUAGACUUUUAAUUUUUUAAUGUUAUGUUUUCUAUGUGGAGCUGUUUCAUUUAUUGUCUUAUCUGACACUUGAUUGGGCUUAUGUUUUGAACAAAAUGUUUAUAGAAUUUGUUUUAUGUUAGUAAGCCUAUUGAGAUGUUUGUAAUCUCAGAACUUCAAAACAUCAAGCAAUGUUUAAUUUACUAAGUGGUGACAAAAUAUAUUGCUAUUGUAGUUCGUCCAUCGUGAUACGACGAUGACCAUUUAUGUUAUCCAGGGGGCUGAGGGUUUUGCACUGGGGUUUUCGGCCUCCUCGUGUGGCUGCUGGGACCUAGGAGAAGUGGCCAAAGGCAAAGAUCGCCUCUCGAGACUUAAAAUACCAACAAAUGAAAUAAAAACAAGAGGAAACAUGAUAUUUGAAAUGACAUAGACAACAAAAACAUUUUAAAAGGCAUAAGCAAUACUAUAUGAAACAUUAUAUCAGAUAACAUAAGAGUUAAAAUGAAAUAGCUUUUGAGAUAUCAUAAAAACUUUGUAUUUAUAUUAGUUUCAAAGGGAAACCCACGUUCAAAUAAUACGUUUCCUAGGUCCUACUUUAAACAAAAAUAAAAAAUGCAAAUCAUGACGUAGUUUGGUAUAAUCAAGUUCAAUGUCUACUAAAUGAUGACUAAGUUAUUCAGUUCAAUGUCUACUAAAUGAUGACUAAGUUAUUCAGUUCAAUGUCUACUAAAUGAUGACUAAGUUAUUCAGUUCAAUGUCUACUAAAUGAUGACUAAGUUAUUCAGUUCAAUGUCUACUAAAUGAUGACUAAGUUAUUCAGUUCAAUGUCUACUAAAUGAUGACUAAGUUAUUCAGUUCGCUGUCUACUAAAUGAUGACUAAGUUAUUCAGUUCGCUGUCUACUAAAUGAUGACUAAGUUAUUCAGUUCAAUGUCUACUAAAUGAUGACUAAGUUAUUCAGUUCAAUGUCUACUAAAUGAUGACUAAGUUAUUCAGUUCAAUGUCUACUAAAUGAUGACUAAGUUAUUCAGUUCAAUGUCUACUAAAUGAUGACUAAGUUAUUCAGUUCAAUGUCUACUAAAUGAUGACUAAGUUAUUCAGUUCGCUGUCUACUAAAUGAUGACUAAGUUAUUCAGUUCGCUGUCUACUAAAUGAUGACUAAGUUAUUCAGUUCAAUGUCUACUAAAUGAUGACUAAGUUAUUCAGUUCAAUGUCUACUAAAUGAUGACUAAGUUAUUCAGUUCAAUGUCUACUAAAUGAUGACUAAGUUAUUCAGUUCAAUGUGUACUAAAUGGUGACUAAGUUAUUCAGUUCGCUGUCUACUAAAUGAUGACUAAGUUAUUCAGUUCAAUGUCUACUAAAUGAUGACUAAGUUAUUCAGUUCAAUGUGUACUAAAUGAUGACUAAGUUAUUCAGUUCACCAUCAAUGAAAGCGGAGAUGCAGCUGGUCCUAGACUCAACUGUCUCACUAUGGAUUCAUUGCACAAAUAGUAUUUAGGUAAAUGUAAAAACUGUAAAUAAUGUUUAAUGUCUAUGAAGCAAAACAUUUGAUACAAUUUUUGUGUGUUACUCUUAUUAUUUGUUUCCAUUUUAAUAAGUUAUAAACAUAAAAGUCAUGCUUUAAUAACAAUUUAUACUACAUAGAAGUAGUAAUCAUAAAUCUCUAUGUAUGUUAAAUCAAUUAUUACUUAAUAUGUUUACAUGACUUAGAAAAUCAAUGUAAUAUUAAAAUAUUUCCUUUAUAACAGAGAUUUUCAGUUAUGGAGAAAAGAGACUAUUGAUAGCUCGUUUAAUGGUGUAAAGAAUAAAUUAAAUGUUGAUAAGUUAUGUUUUUUAAAUGUUAUUUGACAGUUUUCAUGCAUAUUUUAGCACUGUAGAAUAAAGUUUCCUACACAUAUACGUUUUUUUUAGCUUUUUUUAAAAUUAGUUGGCAACACUUAAUCUCAAUUUAGCUUCUUGGCAUUGUUUAGUGUGAAAAUGUUCCCUAAUUCUUAGUCGCCUCAAGAUUCAUCGAAAUAUUUACUCUAUAAAUGAAAAUAAAUUAUUUUUGGAAGCUUUUCUGAUUACAUUGAGUAUCUUUACUUUUGCAGUCAUAACAUUCUAAAAAACUUUAGUAACAUAUAACAUCCGCACAUAAUAACUAGCAACACUUAACACUUGCACAUAGUGACAUCAUUGUCGAACAGUAAAACUGAAGUGUGUGAUUUCAUCUUCUGACGAUGUCGUGUUGUAUGUUAGUUGUAGAGGCUAGAAAUAUUUUAUUUUCAUACACCUAUAUGCAUAUCACCUGUAAGUUCCUUAUUAGACCAUUCUAUUUAUAUCGGAAAUGCAUUUUUGUUUCAAUAUGGUUCACUCUAUAUGUAAACAUUUAAGUUAAUGCCAUUAUGACCAACGCUGUAACUAUGAUAUCUGACAUGUGUUGAUAUUUGUCCUAUUUAUAGCUUGGCGGGUGUGUUUGUAAUUAUUCUCUUCAAGUGGCCUCCCCUCUCGCCUAUCAGAGAAUAUGUUUUAACAUGGUGAUGAACAUCAUUCUUACUAUUCAUUAAGAUUAAUUCAUUUGGUAAAUAUUAUUACUGUUAUUAUUGCAAUGUACUUUCAUACUUCAUUGUGCUCGCGGUGGUCAAAGAGGCGACGCCCUAACGGCGCCACCAUUGGUCUCCCGUUCAGAAUUAGAUGCCCUUAGGGGGGCGAGAUUUUUAUGAUCAGAUUGAUCUAUGAUGUCUUUAAUGCAAUUUCUGAACUCCGAUAGACGGCUUAUGCUGAAGUAACACCACAUACAAAGACACAAAAAACACACACAUAUAUACGAAAGCACAUAUAAACACACAACCACACACAAAGAGAAAGAUUAAGGCACAUUUCUAAUCCCAUAUGUUAGGACUAGUCCAUCAGCCAGGAAAACUUAUAAAUUUAGCUGAUAAUUAACAUGCCAGGCUAGAUUGGUAUAAGGGUGCAUUUAGGACGUCUUCAUCUUCUCUUUUGAAAGAACGUCAGUAAUUUAUAAGAUAGCUAUCCACACAUUGACGUAGACACACACACACACACACACACUGCCAUAUCUCUACGCGACUGGAUUACUUUCACAUUAUCUCUCUUUGUUUCAUGGCAUAUAAUUCUUAGAGACACGUCGUGUAUUUAUUUCAUCCUCACCUCCAUGGUCCCAUCAGAUCCAAGUCAGUGAAAUAGAAUGAAAUAUUGCGUCAGCUACAAAUCGUACACUGACGCGUUUGAACUGUUUCCUUAGACUAACAUAUUCUGAAUAAAACUCUACAAAGAAAAUGUUUAAAAAUAUUAAUAAUUGUCAUUAAAAAUUUACAAAUGUCAUUGCUAUUAAUCUUAAUAGUUACAAACUCCUAGUCAAUUUGGUUUUUAAAUUUAAAAAAAAAAAUGUUUUUGCGUUACAUUUCAAUCAAUGUUUUUUUUUAAAUUACCUGGUAAUAAUGAGGCCUUUUGAGUUUCAGUGAGUCACUGAUGAAUAUUACUUAAUAAGUUUUGUUUAGUUUUAUAUUUUUGUUUAUGUUUAUUAUUUGCAUAUUUACAUUUGCUGUAUUUUUAAAGCAUUAAAAAUCAUCUGAAUAAAUGAUUAAAACUACA